AUGUCUCAACUGCGAAACGUCUAGAGAAAUCACAAAAAAAAAAAACGUUUCGAGACCAAACAGCACGCUUCCAUCGUCCCCCGAGAUGGCUUCGAGAAAAUACUCCAAGAAAAGACCCAAGCAUUGGGACCUUUGCUCCUCUUCCCUGAAGCCUCCCGCAGACAAUUCUCUCUCUCUCUCUCUCUAAACUUCUUUCUAGUUUCUAUUCCAGCCCUAAUCGCCACCGAUUUGCGUAUCGCCUCGACAAAAUUCCCCGGUGGAUUACCGGUUGCCGGUUUCCGAGAUUUUCCAUCAAAAUCCGUCUUUAAUUUCCCAUUUCCGCUACGGAGAUUGUUUCCUCUUUGGCUUUUUCAACCAGAGGUUCUUGAUCUCUUGGAUUUCGGUUGAGGAGCUCCGGUGACCGUAAACCGUCGUUGCAUCGUCGGAGGUAGGGGUUUGCCGUUGGAUUUGAGGCGGGAGCGUUUUAUUGUUCCUCUGUUGUGGUUGUUUUCGCCUUUCCGACGCGGUUUUAGGAGCUUGAGCUGAGAAUCGAAGGUUUUUGGGGUUGGAUUCGUGCUAGAAAGAUGAGUAACCAGAAGAAGAGGAAUUUUCAGAUUGAGGCGUUUAAGCAUCGGGUGGUGGUCGAUCCAAAAUACGCGGAGAAGACGUGGAAGAUAUUGGAGCACGCAAUUCAUGAAAUUUAUAACCACAAUGCCAGUGGCCUUAGUUUCGAGGAGCUUUAUAGAAAUGCUUACAAUAUGGUGCUGCACAAAUAUGGUGAGAAACUGUACUCAGGACUUGUUGCAACCAUGACUUCACAUCUCAAAGAAAUAUCAAAAUCUAUAGAGGCUGCUCAGGGGGGUUUGUUUCUGGAAGAGCUCAAUAGGAAGUGGACAGAUCAUAACAAGGCAUUGCAAAUGAUCCGAGACAUUUUGAUGUACAUGGACAGGACUUUCAUUCCAAGCACCCAUAAAACUCCUGUUCAUGAACUUGGGCUAAACUUGUGGAGGGAUAACAUUAUACAUUCAACCAAAAUCCAAACAAGGCUUUUAAGUACACUUCUGGAACUAGUGUAUAGAGAGAGAACAGGUGAAGUUAUAAACAGAGGGCUGAUGAGGAAUAUAAUUAAGAUGCUCAUGGAUUUGGGUUCGUCAGUUUACCAAGAGGACUUUGAGAAGCCCUUUCUUGAGGUUUCUGCUGAUUUUUACAGGGUUGAGUCCCAGAAGUUCAUUGAAUGCUGUGAUUGUGGGGACUACCUGAAGAAGUCUGAGAGACGUUUAAAUGAAGAAAUGGAGAGAGUGUCGCAUUACUUGGAUGCCAAGAGUGAGGGCAAGAUAACCAAUGUGGUGGAGAAGGAGAUGAUUGCAAACCACAUGCAGAGACUGGUCCAUAUGGAGAACUCCGGCUUGGUAAACAUGCUUCUUGAUGAUAAAUAUGAGGACUUGGGAAGAACGUACAAUUUGUUUCGUCGAGUAACCAAUGGUCUCCUAACUAUACGAGAAGUGAUGAUUUGUUACAUUAGGGAAACUGGUAGGCAGCUAGUUACUGAUCCAGAAAGGUUGAGGGAUCCUGUGGAAUUUGUUCAACGACUUUUGGAUGAAAAGGAUAAGUAUGAUAAGAUCAUAAACUUAGCGUUUAAUAAUGACAAGACAUUCCAGAAUGCUUUGAAUUCCUCGUUCGAGUACUUUAUUAAUUUGAAUGCUCGUUCUCCUGAGUUCAUUUCAUUGUUUGUGGAUGAUAAACUCCGGAAAGGUCUUAAGGGUGUGAGUGAGGAGGAUGUGGAGAUUAUUCUUGACAAGGUGAUGAUGUUGUUCCGCUACUUGCAGGAGAAAGAUGUAUUUGAGAAGUAUUAUAAACAGCAUUUAGCGAAGCGUCUUUUGUCAGGAAAAACUGUUUCUGAUGAUGCAGAGAGAAGUUUGAUAGUUAAGCUUAAAACAGAAUGUGGAUACCAAUUUACGUCCAAAUUAGAAGGCAUGUUUACAGAUAUGAAAACUUCACAGGACACAAUGCAGGGUUUUUAUGCUAUGCAUGCUGCUGAUAUAGGAGAUGGCCCUACUCUCUCUGUCCAAGUUUUAACAACAGGGUCUUGGCCUACUCAGCCUAGCGUCACUUGCAAUCUGCCUGCUGAAAUGUCAGCACUGUGUGAGAAGUUUCGGGGGUACUACCUUGGGACCCAUACUGGUCGGAGAUUGUCCUGGCAGACUAACAUGGGCACUGCUGAUAUAAAAGCAACCUUUGGGAAAGGCAAGCAUGAGUUGAAUGUUUCCACUUACCAAAUGUGUGUUCUCAUGCUGUUUAAUAAUGUUGAUCGACUUAGUUAUAAAGAAGUUGAGCAGGCUACAGAGAUUCCUGCCUCGGACUUGAAGAGGUGCUUGCAGUCCCUUGCUUGUGUGAAGGGAAAAACUGUUCUUCGGAAAGAUCCCAUGAGCAAGGACAUAAAUGAAGAUGAUUCAUUUUUCUUUAACGACAAGUUCACGAGCAAGUUCUAUAAGGUGAAGAUAGGUACUGUAGUUGCACAGAAGGAGUCAGAACCUGAGAAACAGGAGACACGGCAGAGAGUGGAGGAGGAUCGGAAACCCCAGAUUGAGGCAGCAAUAGUGAGGAUCAUGAAAUCAAGGAGAGUAUUGGAUCAUAACAAUAUUAUUGCUGAGGUCACAAAGCAGUUGCAAUCGCGAUUCCUGGCCAACCCAGUGGAGAUAAAGAAACGGAUAGAGUCACUCAUUGAGCGGGAUUUCUUGGAGAGGGACAAUGCAGACAGAAAAUUGUAUCGGUAUCUUGCUUGAAGAAGUACCAUGAGCAAGUACUUUUGUGGGAAGGAUAGCUUGCCAAAUGCAUUUGUUCCUUACUCGGUAAGUGGAUGAUUGUUCUUUUAUUUCUGCAAGCUCUGAUGGGUUUUGGUGAAUAUUUGUUUAUUGCCACUUCCUCAUAUGGUUGCUUCACCUGUUUCAAAUUGAUUUCUAGAUUUAUGCUCCUUGCGUCCCAUGUCAGUACAUAGGCUUUUCGAAAGUGGUUGGGCCAAAAUAUGGAAAGGAUUCAGCUUAGGGGCAACGAACUUAAAUGUGCGCAUGUGUGUGUGUGUGAACUUUGAAGACAUGAUGGUGGGAUGCCUGCCUGUUGGAGAUGGAUUUGGGGUGGGGUGGUUUGUUCAGAAAGUCAUAUCCUAAAAAUAGCAAAAACUCUAGACACAAUAUGCAUUUAUCAUAUGUGAACUGAUUUGGAGGCCAUAUUCAAUUUAAUUUUGGUAUGAAUACA